AUGGAUUCAGCUGGAGGGUUCACUUCCUUCCAGGACAGACUGUCAUCGUCUCUGGUCCAGGUAACCCGCACCGUCGGACAGCUCUCGUCCGAAGACCUGAACUUCUACCGCACCUCCAGCGCUGAGCUUUCCGAGUCGCUCGACGAACAGAGCGAACGCAUCCUUUCCUUGACCUCCUCGGUCCUCAAAGCUGCAAUUGCCGGAACCGACCUUUCCGCUCCGUCCCUCCACAAUGAAGAAUCGGUCGAGGACAAUUGGCGCGGCGUGGUGGAUGUGAUCGACGCGCUGCUGGAGAAAGCGGACGCCUGCUUGGAUGAAUUCACCGGAGUGAUCAAGAAGUUGAGCCCCUCGCAAGAAGAACAGGCCCCCGUGAAGAAACCGCCGCAGAAAUUCCCCACCAUCUACGACUAUGGCCCGUCCAAGAUCCCCAAACCCCAACUGCUAUUCGACCACAAGCCCGAUAACUCCGAUCUCGGUCCCUUCCGGCCUCUGCUCAAAACAAAGCCGCAUGCAAUUGUCCCGCUGGAUGAAUCGCUACAAACUCGCGAGCUUGAUGGCAAGACGGGGUAUCCCUCCCCGUAUGAGGCUGAGAUCCGCGCUGCGAAGUACCCGAAAUCGGUCUACGAGGUCUCUCCUCCGAUUAACUACCUUCCCUUUGAAAGUACGACGGCUACGUUUGUCAAUACGCUGGAGGGAGCCAAGGAGAUGCUUGGCGAGCUCAAGAAGGCGAAGGAAAUUGCGAUUGAUCUGGAACAUCACGACGUGCACUCCUACCAUGGACUUACCUCGCUGAUGCAGAUCAGCACUCGCGACAAGGACUGGGUGGUGGAUACCUUGCAGCCGUGGCGGGAAGAGCUCCAGAUGCUCAACGAGGUCUUUGCGGACCCGAACAUCCUCAAGGUCCUGCACGGAUCAACCAUGGAUAUCAUCUGGCUGCAGCGCGAUCUGGGCCUGUAUAUUGUCGGGCUCUUCGAUACUUUCCACGCGGUAUCUGCGCUGGGUUGGCCGAAGCGAAGUCUAAAGGUCCUUUUGCAGAAGCUGGUCAACUUUGAGGCCGAUAAGCGCUACCAGAUGGCCGAUUGGCGGGUUCGCCCGCUUCCAGAUGCUAUGUUCGACUAUGCCCGCUCGGAUACACACUAUCUCCUCUACAUUUACGAUAUUCUACGCAACGAACUUGUCGAGUCCUCGACCAAGGCCGCUAACCACAUCGAUUACGUGCUGGAGCGCUCCAAAAUUGAGGCGCUACAACGGUACGAGCGGCCGGUGUAUGAUGCGGCAAAUGGACUGGGUCCAGGCGGUUGGUACGAUCAACUGUCACGCAACCCCGGAGUCCUGCCCAAGGAACAGUUUGCCGUUUUCAAGGCUGUUCACCAGUGGCGUGAUGAGGUGGCGCGAGCUGAGGAUGAAGGCUGGCAGUGCGUGUUUCCCAAACAUAUGCUCUUCAAACUGGCCCAAACCAUGCCGCUCGACAUGGGCGUCUUACUCCGGACUCUGUCACCUGUGACGCCCAUCACGAAGGAGCGAGCUCAUGACCUCCUCGAAGUGAUCAAGAAAGCGAAAAGCGAAGGUGCUAAUGGUCCGGAAUGGCGCGACGUGGCGCCACCGCCGAAACCUCUAGCGAAAGCUGUAGCAGCAGUUCUUCAGCCAGAGAGCACCGAUUUUCCUGCUGCCGAGCGCUACGAGACGUCCCAGUUUUGGGGCAAUGUCCUUGAAGCAUACGAAUCACCUGCUCCGCCGACAUACUCGCUUGUUGCAGCGGCCGAAGCUCUCCGACUUUCUCUUCCCCUACCGCCCAUGCCUUCGACCGUGUCACAAGCGCGUGAGAAACUGAGCACGACUGCCAAACCCCCUCCACCGACUAUACCUGCUCCCGCCCCUGAAGAACCGAAAAUCUUCACUGUUAAGGAACUCGGCGGCCCACGCAAGCGAAAGGCUGCACCCGCUGAACCGACCGAGCAAGCUGCCUCGACACCAGACGAGCUACUGGUGGAGUCGGGCAACGAGCCCGAAUCCACGGAGAAGCGGCGCAAGAAAUCGCACAAGGACAAGAAGUCCAAGAAGUCUGCGCAGACGGAUUCCCAGCCCGAGAACGAAGAGAUCCCUUUCGACUAUGGCGCAGCGGAGUCAGUCUUUAACGCUGCACCUGCUCAGUUGCCCAGCAGGCGACAGAAGAAGCAUUUCAACCCAUACGCCAAGGCGAUGGAUGCUCCUUCGGGCGCGCGGAAGCAGAAUCGGGAGAUUCAAGGCAAAUCGCACACGUUCCGCGAAUAG